AUGAAAACAACAAGCCGCUAUGUGAGCUGGCCGGCCUUCUACACAGAAUAUGCUGGCACUCGCGGCCUAGCGGGCUAUGUGGAUGGCAGUCGGCUUAAGGCACGGUUCAAUGCGCCUUCUGGUCUUGUCAUCAGCACUGACCCACGCAGG